AUGGCUCCAUUGGAGAUACAAACCUACGCCCUUCAGCGCUGCACCGACUGCACUCCUUCCAUCAACCCAUGCCCUACCUGUCAACGCAAGCACGAAAUCAUUGCUCAAGACCUCGAUACAUUGAAGCAGCUUGAGUGGAGAGAGAUCGAGUUGUUCAAGCAUGAGAAGCAUCACGGUUUUCCUGUCUUCCAGCAAUUGUACGAGAAGGAGCUGGCGAGGAUUAAGGGAGAGCUGGAGGGCUUGGAAGAGAUCGAUACUCUCGCGAAGCACUUUCAGCAGAGUGAGAUUGGUGGCUUGGCAAAGAUGGAGAUACAAGAGAAGCAGGUUGAGGAAAAGAGAAUUGAGUGUCAGGAGAAAGGAGCUGUCGCUCUGGAGAUGGGAGUUGACGCUAUUGAGAAGGGAUUUGAUGCUCUGGAAAAGGGAGUUCUUGAUCUUGAGAAGGAAGUUGUUGUUCUGGAGAAGGAGGUUGAUGUUCUGGCCGACGGCGUUGGAGCUGUAGGCAUGGAGUGGGACAAGUUGGUAGAGAAAUUAGAGGAUUUGGACAGGUGGUUUGAUAUGGAGGACGAUAUCAUGAAGGCGAAGGGUUGGAUUUGA